UCAGCAAUAUGUACCAUGAUCUUUCAGUUACUAGUGGAUUGGACACGGGGAAAAAAUCUUAUUAUCUCAAGUGCUGCUAGUACUGUAAAUGAACUGAGAGGGCCAUAUGAUGUUGCAAAUGUAUCCACAUUGCUAGGCCUCUCAAUGGAACGAGCUAAAGAAGCUAUUUCUAAGAACUGCAGGGCCCUCAUGGCUAAGUCUUUGAGGAAAAAACAAUGGUUCAAGGAGGCUAUAAAAAUUGAAAGGAUUUCACCUGGCGAACAAUUGAACUCUAAAGGGCAAUGGCUUGUAGACUUGCACAAUUGGGAUGACAUCUCUAGUGGUGAGGGUGAUCUAGUGUUGGAUGAUAUUAAAAAGCUUUUUUCUGCAUCUACUAGAGCACCCAAAACUUCAAAAGCCAUUGAUUUUAUUUCAAUAGCAAAAGGCAUGCUGCCAAACAAUAUGCAGUUAAAGAAUUUGGUGUCUGGCAGUGGUGCAGAGAUGCAGACAACAACAGAUAAUACUGCAGAGCUGUUAUCCACGGCGAAGGAAUCCAGGGGAUCAGAUGUUUCUGAUGAGAUCUCCAAACACUCAAGUGGUCCUAGUGAAGAUGCUACACUUACUUUCAUGCCAUCAAAGCUUCAAACUGUUGGUUCUGAAGAUCAUUUAGAUUGCUUACCAAAUGAAAAAUUGGCAGCUCUCCCUGAUGACAUGGAAAUGGAGUCCACAAAAGAUUUGAGCAAAGUGGCAAAGGGUUUGGGAUGGUCGGAUGUAGUUCCAGUAGUAGUUGGAACAACAUCCCUUGAUUCAUCAUCACAAGAAUGCAUCACUAACCCGGAGACAGUUCCUGGGUUACGACAUAAAACAGUAUUGCUUGCUGCUACUGUUGAGGACAUUGAAACUUCAACCACAUUUGAUUCAGAGUCUAAAGUUUUACCAUCAAAAGAUUCUAUCGCUAUUACAGAAGGUAAUCUCAUGUCACCCAUUGAUGUGAUAGAAGAUUCCACUGAUAUGCAAAUUGAUCUUUUUGGUGAAGAUUAUGAAAGGCCAAAAUGUGUAGAUUUGGGUCCACCAGAUGUUCCAACAAAUGAAGUGUUAGCCGGGACAGACAGGUGGGAGCAGACAGACUUCGUUUCGGUCGCAUGUGAUGCCCCUUUGCCCAGUGAUUAUGCAGAUAGGGUACCCCGUGAGGAAUCUGGAAAUGCAAUACCUCUACUUGGAGAUGCAAUGCAACUUGUGGCACCUUGUGGUGGAACACAAGGAGAUUCGGUCCAGGUUGCAGAUGAUCAGCCACCUGAGGAAGUUUUAGUUGAAAUGGGAAAGCAAAAGGAUGAAUGUUCAAUUGACACCAACCUGGCUGAAGAAGGUAUAGUUGAAAUGGAAGAGCAAAAGGAAGAACAUUCUAUUGACAUCAAUCUCCCAACACUGGACAAGUUUAAAACAGGUAAAAGCAGAUUCCGAAGUGUAUAUUAUCAAUCUUUCCCAUUUCCUCUCAAGCGCCUGUUGAAGCCUGUACUUUUUAAGAAGAAAUAUCGUAAACUGAAAAAAAGAUGAAAAUGAUGUAAUUUUUUUUUUUUUUUUUUUUUAAAUCAUUAUAGUUGAUCAAUACAAUUAAAGAGGAAUAGCUGAUGAUAUUUCCUAUCUACUGCUAGAAUGGUUUGAAGAGUUGUGGGUGCCCUAUGUAGAAUACCCAAUGCCAUAACAGAAAAAAUGAUUGGAUGGAUUAAGGGAUACCUCAUACAGCUUAUUCUGAUGGUCUGGGUCAAUGUUACAGACGACAUUUGAUCACCUGUUUGUGUGAUUGGGACAUAAAUUUCUUCAUCAUGAUCUUAAGUUGCCCUAUUGGGAGUUUGAAUAGGCCAUCUUCUUAGAAGCUAUUUUACAUAUUUGGGGACCAGAUGAACUUGGACUACGAGGUUUCCUCUGUAAUUAUCAGUGAGGAAGUUCUGAAUUGAUUUAGAG